AUGAUGCUCACUAGCAUUCCUCUCAAGAUGGUGCUCCUCGCCGUCUGUCUCCUUGGGUCCCUUGGACAGGCUGUCGCCCUCAUUGACCACCUGCCUGGUCUGGCCAACAACUUCAUUGCUCGUGCUGUGUCGACUACCACUGUCACUUCGACUGCUACUGAGAUUUCGUGUGCUCCUGGAGUUCCUAACUGCCCUGGCACCCUUGUCAAGACUCCUAUGGUUCCUGCUGCCUCGUCUUCUGAAAGCACUCCUAGUGUUGUGACCCCCCGGGUUCCUACUGCCUCGUUCGAGUCCAGCACUACUUCUGUGCAUACUCCUGAGGUUCCUACUGCCUCGUCCGAGUCCAGCACUACUCCUGUGCAUACUCCUGAGGUUCCUGCUACCGUCUCUGCUUCAAGCACUCCUGUUGUCACCCCCUCGGUUCCUGCCUCGUCUGAGUCCAGCACCACUCCUGUGAACGGCUCUUCCAUCGGCACUGACUCGGUCCCAUGCCCUCUUGGCAAGUCCACUUCUACCGUGCCCACCUGCACUCACCCUGAGUGCACUACUACUGAGCCUGUGGUUCCUCCUACUGAGCUCACCUGCACUCACCCCGAGUGCACUCCUACUGUGCCUGCUGAGAUUCCUCCUACCGUUCCUGUGUGCACUCACCCUGAAUGCACCCCCACUGAGACUGCUCCCAAGCCUACUGAGACUGCUCCCAAGCCUACUGAGACUGCUCCCGAGGUUCCCCAGGUUCCUCAGUGUCCUCCCGGUGGAUGUGCUGGCACUACCACUCUGGUUACAGUUCCCUCGGUUCCUACUGUUCCCGCCACAGUUCCUCAGGUUCCUGAGUGCACCAACUCUUCGUGCACCCCCACCAAGCCUGCAACUGGCACUCCUGCCAUCCCUAUUCCUAGCAAGCCUUACUCCAAGGCUGCCAAAGUUGACAGCCAAGUUGCCAGUAUUGUUGCUGCUGGCUUCAUGGUCAUCCUUCUCAUCAACACCCUGUGA